UCGUUUCAUCUCAUUUCAUUUCGUUCCAUUUCGUUUCAUUUCAUUUCAAUUAAACAAAUCAUUUCCAACAUAAAGACACUUGAAACCAAUGAAUGAUAUCAAGGGGAAAAAAGUACAGUUCAGCACUCGUAGUAGUGAUAACAAUAACGGCAAUAAGAGCUUAAAACAAACGACUACUCACUUGAAUUCGGACUUGGAUUCAGAUGCAGAUUCAGAUUCAGAUUCCUUGAAUAUUCCGGAAUCUCUGAUUGCUAAAGGAAGUGACAACGACCAAGGCCCAGAAUACUAUGAUCCAAUAUAUUUCGACUCUGACGAAGAUCAUGAAGACGAAAAAGACGGCAAAGAUGAUUAUGAUGAUGAGGAGGAGGAGGAUCAAGGCGAGAAAAACUAUGAUAUUCGGACAAGCAUCCUGAAUUCCAGAGACGCUAGUAGUGACACCAAUGGACGGAAUGCACAUGCCAAAAACAUCAAAGACAUGACCAAAAAGUUUGAAAAAAGCUCCUUGAUGUCAUCCCCAUCAUCCUCGAGGACGAUACCCAGAAACGAGGAUGCGAAAAAAAGUAAGCUCCAGAAGCAUCGUAUCAUCUCGGAUAUCGAUCUCUUGUAUAAUCCAGAUCAGGAUGACAAGGAUCAAAAUUGGUUGUUUAAAAAGAUCGCAGCUAACCGGCUUCCAGGUUGCAACCCAGAAGACAUUUGGACAGAUGCCAUCCUCUCCUGUCCUAUGUGUUUGACUCAAUUAUGUUUCGAUUGUCAACAACAUGCGCUAUAUCCCCAUCAGUUUAGAGCCAUGUUUGUUGAACACUGCCGGGUCAUCGAAAACGAAAUUCUUCGGUUUCCCAAGGAAAUAGCCGCCAAGAAAAAACAACCUUCUAAACCAAAGGCUACAAAGCCAUCCUCCUCGUCUUCAUCAACCUCAACAAAUUCUUUACAAACAAUAGCAUUGUCCAAACCACCAUUGGACGGAGCACCUCACGUUGAUCCAACUAAAGCUUUUAAAACAAGUGCAGAUGAUGAUGAGAAUAUGGCCUAUCAUCCUGUCGCAUGCGAGAUCUGCAAUACUAAAGUUGCACUCAUGGACCAAGAUGAGGUCUAUCAUUUUUUUAACGUAAUUCCCUCAGACAUUUAAAAGACUGAGAUUUGAUAGAGCAUUAGUUUACU